AUGGGAACCGGUGGACCCAAGGUCCACCUCUCCCUAACCUCAUUAAGGGUUGGCAGCCAAGAGGUAAACCUCUUUACUUGGAGGUUGCUUCCUUCUGAGAGUUUUCUAGUCAGCUUGUAUCUUCAGAACGGGAGAAAGUCUGUUGUUGCUGUGAGUUUCAUUGCAGCAUUCCUCUGUCUGAUCAUCGUUCGUCUCACAAAUGAAGUCACUUUCCCUUUGAUUCUAAACUGCUUUGGACAAACCAGUGUCAAGUGGAUACCAUUUUCUAAUGGCCAAAAGCAGCUUCUGAGAACUCACUAUGGAUACGUAAAUGUGAAAACACAAGAGCCUCUACAACUGGACUGUGACCUCUGUGCCAUCGUUUCCAAUUCAGGACAGAUGGUAGGCCAGAAGGUGGGAGCUGAGAUAGACAAGUCCUCCUGCAUAUGGAGAAUGAACAAUGCACCCACAAAGGGCUAUGAGGAGGAUGUUGGGAAGAGGACGACCAUCAGGGUGGUCUCUCACACAAGUGUGCCUCUCCUACUCAAGAAUCCUGAGUACUUUUUCAAAGAAACCAACAGCACUCUUUAUGUGAUCUGGGGACCUUUUCGAAACAUGAGGAAGGAUGGAAAUGGCAUUGUAUACAACAUGCUGAAGAAAGCUGUUGACAGCUACCCAACUGCCAAAAUCUAUGUGACAACGGAAAAGCGCAUGAGUUACUGUGAUGCAGUGUUUAAGAAGGAGACAGGAAAAGACCGAGUCCAGUCAGGUUCAUAUCUCAGUACGGGUUGGUUUACCUUAAUUUUGGCUAUGGAUGCCUGCUAUGGAAUUCACGUCUAUGGGAUGAUAAAUGACACCUACUGCAAGUCAGAAGGCUUUCGCAAAGUUCCCUACCAUUAUUACGAGCCAGGAAGAGAUGAGUGUGAAGAAUACUUUCUGCAUGAAAAUGCUCCGUAUGGAGGCCAUAGGUUUAUCACAGAAAAGAAAGUUUUUGCUAAAUGGGCCAAAAAACACACAAUAAUAUUUACACACCCCAACUGGACGGUAUCUUGAUACUGGUUUUCUUAAUUCUUCCUGAAUAGCAUAAUAUUACAAAAUUGUGUCAGUUUACAAUAAUUUUGCUUACAUCUGGCAGGCUUUUUUUUCAGCCUGGAUAACAGUAAACUAAAACCAGGAGACAAAGUGGGUGAUGGUUCAGCUGUUAAGUGAAGCUAACCAAACUGUGGAAGGCAGACACAGUGCUUGUUAUUUCUAAGGGUUUUACCAUCCAAUGCACUUUAUGCUUUAACUGGAUUUUUCUUCAGCAGUUAAAAAGAGAUAAGAUUUCCUGUGUGUGCAGAUGCUCACAGGGAACUUGGUUGUCCUUUAGAACUUGUCCAUCACCUUAGUUAAUUAAAAUCAGUAUCUUUGGCUCAAUUGCAGUACCGAAAGUACUGCAGAAAUAGUUUCAUUUGUGCUAUUAGCAGAAAUUUUCCACAAAGGAAAUAUGAAGAAAUAUACAGACUUCCAAAGUCUAGUUGUCUUUCAUGUUAGUGAGCAAAUGUUAAAAAACAUCUAAAUACUUUUACAUGUUAGCACUUGGGUGUAUGCUAAAAUUAGAGAUGAGCUAAACAUGGUUCUUGAACUGCAUGCAGCUUUCACAUCAGAAAAUAUUACUUGCUCAAGGUUCUUGAUUAAUUCAUACCUUCUAAAAUGCAGCUUCAUUCCAUCCUGAUCAAGCUGCACCAUCUUGGAUGAUGCGUUUUAUGCUUUUUGAAACUGCUAUCCAACAGUUUUGCUCCAGCAGUGUGGAACUUGGCUUUCUUUUAUAGCCCACACUGAACUUUUGGCUGGUGUAACUAGUCUGCUGUCAGUAUCCAAGCUGGUUAGAGUAAGUCUGUCACAUGAGCAUCUCCAUUUUCUCCAGUUAUGCUUCUGAGUUGCUCCAACAUCCAAAGGCAGUACUGACAGUAUUUCCCUUUUAGCCAUCAUAAUUUAUCUUUCUAGCUUCUCCAUCUUUAAAAAAUGGGGUGAUACCUAUCUACCUCACAAGGGAGUUGUGAGGAUUAAUAUGAAUCCAUGAAGCACCUUGCUGAUAAAGAAUGCUACAGUGCAUUCAUUCUUACCACAAAAACAAUGGUACCUGUCAUUUUUUCUUGUCCAUUGGGUAUUUGAAGAAAGUGAUGGCAUGUCUGGAUCUGAUGGCAGAUUGCUCUGUGUGUCCUUAUUCCUACUGAGGAUAAUUUGUAAUACUAAGCUCCCCUAGCUGCACUGCUUCAGGUGGAGUUGAAAGAACUCACCACUUUGUAUUAUCUACACAUCAAGAAGCAGUUCAAGAAUUUUAAAAUAUACUCAUCUCUAGUUGAAAUAAGCAUUUCCGAGCUUACUUUCACAGAAAGUUUUCAACUGCAGCAGAUUCAUUUGUAAUAUGACCAUGAAUUUUAUUUAAACUGUAUUUAAAUGAAUGCUUUAAGUUUAGAAUGUGUCCUAAGAAUAUUUUAACAUCUGGAAUGUCAGAUUCAACACUGUAAUAGCCAAUACUGUGAACACUUGAAAGAAUUACGUGUGGAACACAACACACAGGGUUUACUCACUACUUUAACAUUAACCAGUAGGAAACUUUGUAUGCUUUUGUAAAUCAUGAAAAGCAGAAAGUAAAAAAGAUAUUUUUACAUGUAAGUAUUUGUAUACUAUUUCCUAUUGUAUAUUUGUACAUAUAAAUCUAUAUUUUAUAUGUUCAUGACAUGUAUAUUCUCAUCAUCAGCUGCAACUCUCUGAGGAUGGGAACGAAAUCUCAUUACCAGUGUUCCUCCUUCUGACCACUGGUUUCUUCUUCCUGUUGAUAGGUGAUGCUAGGCUAUAAGGCCUCUUGCCUUUUGUAUUUUCUCCUGUAAAUGUAGCUUGCUGAUUUUAUUUUUAAUAUAGCUUAUCUUUCACUGUUUACUUUAGUGCCAUAAGUGUUCAUGCUGGAUGCCAAAGGCUGGGGCCAUUGUUACAAUUGCAGAUAAAUAUCUAUAUCAAAAUACAGACUCUGUCCCAGACCUAUGUGACUUGAUGUCUCAUCUUCCUGCUUGGAAGAGGAGAACAAUGACAUUUUCCUACUCCCUGACUGACUGACUUUCUUGUAAGCUCUUGAGACAGAUACUCAGAUUUGCAAUGUAUUGCAUUUGUGUACUGCCUUGUAGAAGAGAUGCCUCACAUAUCUGAAGGUUACAGGCAAUGCUCUAAUAUAAAAAUAGUAGUGUUAAAGUGGCUGUUUCUGGUCCCUGGAGUUUAAAACCAAUCAUAGUCUAAUAUAGCACAGGAUAAAAUCCAGUGGUGAAAGGGUCAUGGAUGCAUGAAGGGUUGCAGUAGUAAAAGACAGUGAGCUAGAUUUAUUGUUAUAUACAUAUUCAUCUUUCCAGUUCAGAUGGAUGGCUGGAUAGACAGAAAGCUAAUAAAGAUUGUAAUGCAGGAUUUGAAGAAAGCAAGGCACACAGAAUUAGGAACAAUGUCCCACAUUUUGUACAGGGAAACAUGGAACAAUCAAAAGCCCCCUGUGGGGAGAGGGGCUGGAAAGUCAAUCUGGACUUGGAUUUAGAAGGUGUUUGGAUAAAGUGAAUGUUACAAAGAAAGUGCUGCACAGGGAGUGCAGUUGGGCUGAACAGAUUUACAUGAGAAGUGUUCUCACAAAGUGUAGACUUUCUCUUCAGAAAACAUAGUGUAAGAAUUCUGCCUGAGUUACAUUCACAUGCAUGGCAGUUUUUAAGCCUGAGAAAAUUUUUAAGGCAGUUACAGCUUGUCAAUGCAUUGUAAACUGAGUUUCAUGCUGCAGCUCUUUGUGGAGUGCUUGCAUGCAGUAUGAAGUAAUAUCUCGUGCUACGAGUAUCUAAGAAAAAUAUAGCUCUAGGAACAGUGAAAUGUACAGCAAAAUUGAGAAGAUCGCUAGAGUGUGGUUGUCACAGACCAAAAGUAAAAGUGUUGUAGAGGGGCUUGGAUUUGUGGUAAGAGAUCUGCUUCUAGAAACACUGCAUCAGGCUUCAUUAACGGUACAGUAAAUGAACAUUGGUUCCAUUAUUUAAAUGAGCCUGUCUUUAGCAUAAACUAAACACACAUUUGCAUGAUUUUUAUUAUCUGAUUAAGGAACUGUGACCACUGUGUUGAAGAUGAUUCUACAAAGAAAUGACUUUGUAGAAAUUUGUUACAAAUCAGCACUGUAGUACUGAAGAAAAAAAUUCACUGCUUGGCUGUAUGAUAAGAGAUCUUGAUUCACCUUCUGAGAACAGUUAAGACAUCAGCUGAGAAUCAUUUAUUAAUUCUUUAAAGUAAAGCCUACUACAAUUUACUGAAUGUAAUCAGAUCCUAAUUGCUUAUUCAUUCAAGCAGUCCUGUUUUAAUGAACUAGUUAUGAGUAUGGAACAAGCAGGGAGUUUACCUUAGGUUUUCAAAAUAGAUCUUCGCGUUGCUGCUAAUAGAGGAAUACUUACA